AUGAACAAAGACGCGACGAGCUGGUUUUCGAACCUCCCUGCCGAGACCAUCGACAACUUUGAUGAUCUCAGCACGGCAUUCAUGAAACACUUUGGCAUGUUUAUGUCAAAAGGCAGCACCAAUCUUUUCACUAUGGCACAGGGAAAAGAUGAGUCUCUUCGCAAGUUCGUCGAGAGAUUCAAAACAGCAGCAGCUGAGCACUCAGACAUCCCCGACAAGAUGGGAAUCAAGGCUUUCGAAAACGGGCUUUGGUUCGAAUCAAAGUUGAAAGAGAGUCUGAUGCUCGACGAACCCGCAACCCUCCAGGACGCUUUGCACAGAUCCCAAAAAUACGUCUGUGUUGAAGAAAGCAAGGCGCACCACUCAAAGAUUCAUGGAAUGACGAAGGAUCAUCUCGGCAUGCAUCAUCUCGUCAAGAGUCAUCUCAUCAGGAGUCAUCUCGUCAAGAGAAUAAAAGGAGGCCUCUAA